GUCACUGAUGGAGAUAUCCUUAUAAAAAGGCAGGCAAAUUAAUUCUUUAAAUUAUAACCUAAUAAUAAUGAAUAAUUUACUAUAAAAAUAUAUACUGUCUAUAUAAUGACUUUUCAGCUAGCUUAUUUUCUUCUUCCCUAAUUUUAUUUUUUAAAGAAAUGAAUUAUUAUUUAUUUCUCCACAAUUUUCUUUUUGUAAAGCCGUUUUCCAUAAGAAUAAAUACAAAAAAUAAAAUAAAAUAAAAUAAAAAUCCACAUUCAUAAAUCUCCAACCCCGCCGCUUGAAAUAGAGGGAAACCAUCCCCACCUCCCCAAACUCAACCCACCCACGGUUACCCAAAAAAAAAAAAACCAAUAAUUUGGAAACUACAAAAUCUUUCUAUAAAUACCCACUGAUUCUCAACUUCCUUUUUUCCAAUUCUUUAGUAAGUUCUGUCAGAAUUGCUGAUUGAAUUAAAGGGUAACCCAAAAAAAAAAUAGUAGAAGAAGAAGAAUCCCAUUUUGAGAGGCGGCGGAGACGGUGACGGCGGCAGCGGAGACCAUGAUUGCCUACUUGGAGAGAGUAUCAAUACCGGAACCAGAGCAACCGACCGGCAGUGGAAACGACGAAGUUUUGACGCUGAGAAACGGGUUGGAAGAUUUGCAGCUUCAGGGGGGCGUGGAAUUCGGCUCGACGGCGGCUUACGCCGGGAAGGACUUCGGCGGCAUGCAGUUGACCAAGCCGUUGGCGGUGAUAAAACCGACUGGGUCGGAGGACAUAGCGAAGGUUAUUAAGCUGGCGUCACGGUUCCCGAAUCUGACGGUCGCCGCCCGGGGCAACGGGCAUUCCGUCAACGGCCAGGCCAUGGCCCACCACGGCCUCAUUAUCGACAUGAAGAAAUCAUCAGUGGACAAUUAUGGCGGUAACAGUCAGGAUGAGGUUGAUGUGCACCCCCAAUCGGGCUGCGCUGACGUGGCCGGUGGGGCAUUGUGGGCUGACGUGUUGAAACGGUGCGUUCCGUACGGCCUGGCUCCCCGGUCGUGGACCGACUACCUCGAUUUGACGGUCGGCGGCACCCUGUCUCAGGCCGGCGUCAGCGGCCAGAGCUUCCGGUACGGUCCCCAGUCGUCCAACGUGACGGAAUUGGAAGUCGUCACCGGGACCGGCGAGAUCGUGACGUGUUCGGGGAGUGAGAAUCCGGAGGUUUUCUUCGGCGUUCUUGGUGGGCUCGGCCAGUUUGGUGUUAUCACCCGUGCUCGAAUCCUACUUCAGCCCUGCCCCAAAAUGGUAAGGUGGAUAAGGGUGGUGUACAGUGAGUUCAGCGAGUUCGCUCGGGAUGCCGAGUUUCUGGUGAGUUUGGAGAAGGAAGGUGACUCGUUCGAUUACGUGGAAGGGUUCAUGUUCGUGAACAGUGAUGACCCGGUCAACGGUUGGCCAUCGGUUCAGUUGGACCCGAACCACCCGUUUGAGCCUACUCGAAUACCAAAGUGUGCUGGCCCGGUUCUGUAUUGCCUUGAAGUCGUUUUGCACCACCGGGAUUAUGUCUUCCCCACCACCGUUGACACCGUGGUGGAUAAAUUGCUUGGACAGCUGGAAUAUUGCGAGGAUUUGAAAUUCCAAUUGGACCUGAGCUACGUCGAUUUUCUAUCCCGUGUGAAGGUUGCAGAGAAAGAAGCCAAGGCCAGCGGCAUUUGGGAUGCGCCUCAUCCCUGGCUGAAUAUGUUUGUCGCCAAAUCCGACAUGCCGGAAUUUGAUCGGUUAAUAUUCAAUGACAUUCUCCGGCACGGCGUCGGAGGCCCGAUCUUGGUUUAUCCCCUCAACCGCUCCAAGUGGAAUAGCCGUACAUCUGUGGUGUUGCCUGACGGAGGAGACGACGUCUUCUACUUGGUGGCGCUAUUGAGGUGUACAUCUCCAUUCCCAAACAGCGGACUCUCGGUGGAGGAAAUGAUUGCCCAAAACCGUGAAAUCCUGCAGUGUUGCAGAAGAAAUGGAAUCAAUUACAAGCUGUAUCUCCCUUCUUAUAAUUCCAGACAGGAAUGGGAGCAACAUUUCGGGAAUCAAUGGUCCAGAUUUAAAGAGAGAAAAGCCAGUUUUGAUCCGAUGGCUAUCCUUUCUCCUGGACAGAAGAUUUUCACUAGGAACCAACAAGAAAUUCAACCUUAGUGUGAUGACUCAUCAUCACCAACCUAUACCUAUUAAUUGCUCUGUUUUUUUUUCCCUUUUAAGUAAUUUUUUUUAUAAAUAUUUUCUUCCAAUUUCAUUGGUUCAUUGCAGUUGAUCAAGAAAGCAAUUAUGAUCCGUUGUUAAUAACCUAUCAUCAUCAAUGUAAAUGGAUAUUGAUAUUGAGAAAAGGUUUAAUUGCCAUCUCGAUUACAUUUUUGUGUUC